AUGGAACUUCAGAACGCCCACGGACGUUGCAAACCAAGCGAUCACUUUCCAUUCUUUCUAAAUAUGCUCGGGUCUCGAAUAUUCACUAAACCUGGCUCAGAGCAGAGAUACUGGCUAUAUCUUCGUGGUGUUUUGGAUUACUCGGGUGCGAAUUGGUGUAGCAAUUGUCAUGUUUUAUUCGAUCUGUUGCAAUUGAAACGACCAUAUGGUCUAUGGUCACUUCAAAGGAAAAUUGCAAUAUCUCGAUCAUCAUAUAUGUUCAGGUUUUUUGCGCAGAUAACCAUAAUAAGAAUAAUUUCUAUGCAGAGCUAUAAACAGCAUCUCUACCGAAAGGUGACAUGUUCAUAA